CUGGAAAGAUGAUCGCGGAAAAGGCACCGUGGAUCCUGGUCUCAUUGAAGGUCGGGGCCAUGUAGUGAAGUGGUGCAAUACCCUCAUUCAUGCCCUUGGUUCCUGUUAGAAGAAAAAGGUCAAUGGAGAGUGAACGUGCGCCGGAUAUGAGUUCAUCUACAUAUAGCUAGGCAAGAUCCGCUUCCCCUGUUUAUAGUACAACCUCUUCGUCUUGGUAAAGAAUCAUCUCCCAUCCCUCUCUUAACUUGCUGGGGAAGCCGCAAUAAUUCCCUUCCUGUUCUCCAGCGAUGGACAAUUACACCUUGUUAGAAAAGGGAGUCACAACUUCCGGCCCAAUCGCCAUUGAGAUUGCUGAUAGUCGAUCUUUAUUAUAUGAUCUCAAGACACUUUUUCUUUUCACCAAAAGUGACUUCAAAACAGUCAUUGCACCACAGAGCAUAUUCGCCAUUACAGCAGCAUUAUCGACAACAAAGCUUACCACCGCACACUUAGGGGAGGGCGAGUUCCCAGAUGUAUGGAAUAUAGCUUCUCGUGUGCCGUUGAUGCUCGCGUGGAUUUGGAUGAAUCUUUUGGUUGAAGAUAUCGCGAACCAACGCCUUGAAGGGUCUAUUGUAGAAGACACAAUCAACAAGCCAUGGAGGCCGUUGCCUUCGGGACGAAUUUCUCCAGAGCAAGCACGAGACUGGCUCCUCGUCGCCAUUGUGGCCACAAUGGGCUUGGGCAUCCUGUCUGGCGGUUACACAGCGAGCAUCACAUUAAUGGUCUUCGUCUGGAUGUACAACGAUCUAGAUGGUAGUAACAGCGGCAUCUGGAUUCGAAAUGCGCUGAACGCAGGUGGUCUCAUGUGUUUUAGCUGGGGGGCAUUAGCCACACUCUCUGGAGGAAAACUGCUACCAGAAGGCUUUGCUUGGAUCUUGAUGACUGGAGCCAUCAUAAUGACAACGGUCCACGCACAAGACUUGCCAGACAUUGAGGGGGAUAUGGCUCGUGGGAGACACACGGUGCCCCUGCUGUACGGCGAGGCCGCGGCGCGAAUAUCACUAGCAGUCAUGGUUUGUUUCUGGUCGGUAGCGUGUCCGUUCUUCUGGGAUGCGUCUCCAUGGGGAUGGGCAGCAUCAACAAGCAUAGGAGGCGCAAUGUCAGUGCUUGCGUUGAAGAAUAUGGGCCAGUGGUGGGACGAGGUGGUGUGGAAGCUGUGGUGCCUCUGGGUGGCAGCGCUGUAUCUUCUGCCAGCAUUGAAAAAGUAA